CGAAAAAAUAAACUUUAACACCAAGUAACACAAGUAACACCCAUGAUUUUCUGAAAUUCUUCCUCUUAGACACUUAGUCCAAGGAAGAUGUCAGCAAAGAUUGUUGAAUGUGGUGUUACCAUUUUCUGCUAUUCUUGGCGUGAUUGCUCUAUGUUGACUUAAAAAGACCAUCCACUCGUAAAAUGGCAAGUUAAAUUCCUAUAGUGAACUCAUCAUCGUAAUUCUCCAAAAGAAGAGUUUGCUCCUCAGGCUCUGGAAACAACAGCAUGGAUGACAGACACCAGGGCAUGGGUGAUGGUUUGGAGGGUGAAGAGCAAGAUCAACCGGAGCCCUCAUCUUCUCCUUCUCAUGAAUCAGAAGCUUUAGACAAUUUAUCAAGUUUCCGGGAGCAGUGGCACAAAGAAUUGAAAAGUGGUCCCGAACAGGUGCCUCACCAUCAAGCUCCAAGAAGAGACAACAGUCAGAAACUUGAAGACUUAGAAGAAACUGUUGAAGAAAAAGCUCGAUCUAUGUUCUUAAAAGGCGUUCAACAUGAGCAGGAUGGAAAACUGUAUGAAGCUGUCAAGUUCUACAGGCAGGCUGUCCAACUUGUCCCUGAUAUUGAAUUUCGUCUGUAUGAAGCUUCCAAGGCCAGAGCUCAACAAGCUCAGCCAGUAGAAGUUAAUUUAGAAUCACUGUCUCUUGAAGAAACUGCAGCUGAACCUGCUUCAGUUGAUGAAGAGGAUGAUAUGAUGAUUCGCCUUCAACGUCUUUACAUGAAAAAUCCAAUUAUAUGUCAGCCUGAUCAGCCCAUUAAUGGUGCUCACAUAUCUUCAUUGCCAAUGGAAAUAAUAUUGUACAUCAUGAAGUGGGUUGUUUCCUCAGAAAUGGAUCUGCGUGUUUUGGAACAAUCGUGUUCAGCAGUUAGCAGAGGGUUUUACCUUGCUGCACGCGAUCCAGAGAUUUGGAGGCUUGCUUGUAUUAGAAUUUGGGGUGUUCAUUGUGGAGGCUUGAGCAACUUUGAUUCAUGGCGUCAGAUGUACAUUCAAAGACCUCACAUUCACUUUCAUGGUUGUUACAUCAGUAAGACUUCCUACCUGCGAGCAGGAGAAAACAGUUUUCAAGACCAAUUUUACCAACCAUGGCAUGUGGUGGAAUAUUUUCGAUAUCUUAGAUUUUUCUCUGAAGGAUCUGUAUUGAUGCUGACCACACCAGAUGACCCAUCAAUUAGUCUGAAGGAAUUAAAGCACCGCCAGCCCCGAAACUCUUCUGUGUUGCACGGCCAUUUCAGAUUACAUGAUGAUCAUGUUAUAAUUGUAUUGAAAAGACAAGCUGAUAAGACUAGCGGAAACAAUAAUAAAAACCGCAGUAAGAAGCGUAGAGAUUCCACUUUGUGGUCUGAACCAAGUGAACAAACUUUUCAUUUGGAGUUGCAGAUCACUUCUUCUCGCUCACAUCACCAUUCCCAACUUCAGUGGCAACAGUACUCCAUCGUUACUCGGCGUGGUGCCACAGAAAGUACAACAAACUUUGAUCUAAUUGGUGGCCGAUUUCGACCCUUCCAUUUCUCAAGAGUAAAGAGCUACACAACUGAAUCAGAAAAUGUAUUUCAGUGAUGCGGAGUCCUUGCCAUUGAAGCAUUAGAGAUAUGAACCUUUAUUGCUACUCCCCAGAUUAAAUAUGACAAUCGAAAGUCUCAUAGAAGAAAAAGGUUGCAGAACAAAACUCUUGCGAGGCUGACAUCAUUUUCAUGGUUCAUCUGCCAUAAAUUUUCUUUGGUUGAUUUUCUUUAAUUUCUUAAUUUUUUCAGUUCGGGUAAUUUUGGGGCACAGGGACUAAUGAGGCAGCUGUUUGUUGGGCAUGGUUUGACAUUUUAGAACUUAUGUGGUGUUUUGAUUGUAAAAAUAACAUUUGGAAUGGUAUGAUUGCUGAAAUGUCGUAUCUUUUCCAGGAAACAGCUGUUUCAUUUUCACCCCAUGUCUCAAAAUUACCCCAACUGACCCUACUUAAAAAUAUUUUUGGCCACCAUGUAAAACAGAACAGCCUCAUGUAUGAGUCUCAAUAUUUUCUACUGUGGAUUUUCUUGUGAGUACCAACAGUUCUUAACAAUUAAAGUUUCUUCGAAGAGAAAGAAAUUAAAAAAAAAAAGUUUAUGUGAGCAACGGUGAGCACCAACAGCUCUAAAAAAAAUUAUAGGUUUUUGUUGUUGUUGUUGUUGUUAUUGUUGUUUUUGUUUUUAAGAAGGAACAAAAGAAGGUUAAGACUAUUGAGAAUAUUGGAAGGUGAACAAGGGUUUAUGGACUUCUAAGUUACUUUGGUUAUCAAAGCAAAUCUUAGUUUUUGCUUUUUGCAUAUCAGAACUCCUCAAAUUGUGUUGGCUUGGACACAAAUGUGAUGUGAUAAUAUGAGUGGUAAAUAUAUGGAAGUAUGAAUGGCUGUUACUUCAAUGUUCUAGGACAUAAUUGAAAGUAAGGGAAAACUUCUUUCUCGUUUCUUGUUUUUUCUGUUUUCUUUCUUCAAAUUCUCUGGAAGAUGUGUGUCUUAACUAUUAUUGAACUAUAAUGGUCCAACUGCACGCUUUCUUUUUCUUCUUACUUAAUUUUUCUAAUAGUUCCUCUGUGGUUCCCAGAGACUUCACUCUGGCAAAAAAAUGUUUUCUCAUGUAUAGUUUUUACCAUUUUACUGUUUUAAUCUGUAUCUGUGUUCGUUCCGCUGGCUGAUUUUGAAUCAAGUAUGUUUUGGGAACUAUUUUCUCACUAACUAAACCAUCCAUCAAGUGUG